GGGUGGUGUCACGUGGUGACGCAGCUGCCCGGAGUGGGGCGGAAGUGGCGGCGGGGCCAUGGAGGGGACCCUGGAGCAGCACCUGGAGGAGACCAUGAAGAGCCCGGCCGUGGUGGGCGUCCUGUGCACCGACUCGCAGGGGCUCAACCUGGGCUGCCGAGGGACCCUCUCGGACGAGCACGCCGGGAUCAUCUCCGUGCUGGCCCAGCAGGCGGCCAAGCUCAGCUCCGACCCCACGGACACGCCCGUGGUGUGCCUGGAGUCGGACACCGGGAACAUCAUGAUCCAGAAGCACGACACCAUCACCGUGGCAGUGCACAAGUUGGCAUCCUGAUCACCGGGGAGCAGCUGCACUGCCAGCUCCUCCUCCUCCUCCCUUGCACAGCCCUGCACUCCAUCCAGCCCCGGUUUGGAACCCCCCCAGACCCAGGAUGAAGGCUCUCCCUCUCCACUGAACAGCUCCUGGGCUGCUCUCCAGGUCUCCCAGCUCCCACUGUAGCCCUUGUGGUGCUGAGGGUGGCACACGUGGUCAGACCCUGCCAGGUGUGAUUGUGUGUUUUUUCUUGGAGAAAUCAAUAAAUGACCUUUAAAAAACCAAA